GAAUACGCUGUGUCUAUCUAUCUGUGAACCUCAACUGAUGCUUCAUACUCUCUCCAAAUAGAUGACUUCCCAAGCAGACUAUCUAGAUACGACGAUUACUCAUGUUGUCCAGUCUUUGAAGGACCCGCUUCAUCCUGCUUAUUGUUGUCGAUAUUAUCUCUACUUCCUUCACUCCAUCCACCACGACAUUUUGAUUAGCGACGGACUAGCUCCUAUCACCCCAUCCGAUCCAAGCAAAGGCCUAUACUCAUUGCCCGACAUAAAUCACAGUUAUUUAUGUCGCAGUCACCCAGAACUUUUCCGUGCCCUUAUGGCCUUUCUUAGAGCCCCCCGCACUCGUGGGGAUAUGGAAUCCUUAGCUCGGUCAAUGGAAGUGUGUCACUGCAACCUCGAAUUAGAUCCUCUUGUGCAGGAAUUUCACUCUUGGAACUGGAUUUCGGAGCCUUCCAGUCGCCAACGUGACUCCGUCGCGUUCAGCGCACGAUCAGACACCCUUGAGAGUCUUAUACACGCUCUCGUUGAUAUCCUUCAGCUUGCACUGGCCCUUUGGGAAGCUGAGCAGUUCCACUCUUCCGCGAGAGGAACAAGCUGGCCUUCGACGCGUCAGGACAUCCUUGGGCGCGAAGCUGAAGAGAUCACGGUUUCAGCGACGAUGAUUUGCCGCUGGCUUGAUGAAUACCCCUGCUUGGUCUUAAUCCGAUUUAUCACUCUGGUCGCGGAAGGACCUUCAAUUAUGCCUGCGUUUCUACAUUCGGCGACUCUACCCAAGAAUAUAGUUUUACUUUUGGACAAAUGCAUAGAAGAGUUUUCACCAGCUAUCAACGCAGGAAAUGUUGAUAUAGGGAUGCAAACAACGAUAAUCUUCACUGUGGGUUAUAUUUUCAAAUUGAUGAAGCAGCUUGAAACGGUUCCAGAUGGAAUAUCCAUCGCUUACUUCUAUGAUGAACAUGCUGAAUCUUUGCUAGACUCCUUGAGCAAACUUGCUCAAAUUCACGAGUCCCUUGCUUGCCAAGAUAUGAUAUGGAGUUAUACUUUUGCUUCGACAGGUGGGGCAGUGCACUCAAAACUUGUGCUCCCCUAUGACGAGGCAAAAUAUCAUCACUUAAUCACCGAGGCGUCAAAAGUAACAUACCAGAGGCGCAUCGAUACACAUGAUACCUAUCCGGAUGUGCAAAAAAUUUUCCUUGUUCUUAUGACAGUGCGACAAUGUGCUAAUCCAGUGUGCAACAAGGAAUUCGACGAUUCCUGGAAGCGAUGCUCGGGUUGCUCGCGGGUGCUGUACUGCUCACCGGAAUGCCAAAAGAUAGAUUGGAAAAAUCCAGGAAAACCACACAGGCGCCUUUGCAAGACUAUGAGAUUACUUGGUGAAGCAACCAAGCUUCCUGCGGUGGGACAUUCUCGUCCGCCUCCGCUGAUGACGAAUGAGAAGUUUACUGCAAGAUGCAAUAAGGCAGGGAUAGCUCCGGAUGCAAUCCGUGAGUUCAACAGAUAUAUGGCGAAAGAUGUAAGAAUUUGGAAGAGACUCAUGAACGAGUAUAGUCCUCGAUAUCCACAUCGAAUUGCUUGAUCCUUCUCCAUCAAAUAUCAGCAUUUGGGCUUCCUGUACAUCUACAUACUUUAAUGUUAUCAGUGUAAAUAUCAUGUAAAAGUUGCUUAUAAUGAAGAUCAUGAUAUCAUAAUUGAAUCACCCA